UGUCCCAUCCCAUAGUACAUUCAGGACUGCUUUUCACCACCAGUGACAACAUGGCAAAGCCAAUGGGAAGUCUUAUUAACCUUCAUGCUCGUGUGGAUAAUAAAGGAACUUGAGCUGAAGAAUGUGAAGCUGAGAGCUGGAGACCAGUUGAAAGUGGAGGGGAGGAUUCUGCAUGAGGCGAAGGGGUUCCAGAUAGAACUGGGCUGUGACGAAGAUCACCUGGCACUGCACUUCAACCCACGUUUUAAGGAUGACACUGACGGCGCUGUGCUUGUGUGCAACUCAAAGAUUGACGGCUGCUGGGGUCAUGAGGAGAGAGAGAAAUACAGUGACCUCCAAAGGGGUUCUACUGUCAAGAUUGUCCUGAAGCUGACCGGAGAUGUGUUUGAAGUGGAGAUGCCUAAUGGACAUGUGAUCAAGUUCCCCAACCGUCACGUCCUGGAAGUCAUUACCUACGUUCGUAUCAGAGGGGACUUGAAGCUCACCGCCUUUAAGAUCUACUAAAGAGACCCAUAACAUCCACCUUGUGUAGCCUGGCAAUUUGUUUCGUAGGUCUUCCAACUUCCGGUGCAUUCUGGCCCAAUGACACACAAGCAAGUGGGCGGAGCUACAUAUAGUGUUAGACCAAUGGGUAGUAAGACAGGAUCAAUGGCCUGUAUCAAAUACUAAAUGGAAAUAUGGGAUGACCAUGGUACGGUUUGUUGUAAGAAUAUUCUGACAUACACUAAACACAAGGGACAACUGGGGACGAGGUUAGGAUACUGUCAACUAAUUACAUUCCUUUACAAAUACAGACGUGUUACACACACACACAUCUUGGCCGGAUGAAAUAUCAGUCAAUGUUUUACUUGUUUUGGUGAGAAAGAGCAAACUAAAUGUUUUAGUAAUCACUUCAAAGAAUGUAUUCUUAUACUGUAGUAGACCAAAUGAUUACAUUAUGACUGACCUAAUCUCUCAUGUUCUGAUACUGUAGUAGACCAAAUGAUUACAUUAUUACUGACCUAAUCUCUCAUGUUCUGAUACUGUAGUAACCCAAAUGAUUACAUUAUGACUGACCUAAUCUCUCAUGUUCUGAUACUGUAGUAACCCAAAUGAUUACAUUAUUACUGACCUAAUCUCUCAUGUUCUGAUACUGUAGUAACCCAAAUGAUUACAUUAUUACUGACCUAAUCUCUCAUGUUCUGAUACUGUAGUAACCCAAAUGAUUACAUUAUUACUGACCUAAUCUCUCAUGUUCUGAUACUGUAGUAACCCAAAUGAUUACAUUAUUACUGACCUAAUCUCUCAUGUUCUGAUACUGUAGUAACCCAAAUGAUUACAUUAUGACUGACCUAAUCUCUCAUGUUCUGAUACUGUAGUAGACCAAAUGAUUACAUUAUGACUGACCUAAUCUCUCAUGUUCUGAUACUGUAGUAGACCAAAUGAUUACAUUAUGACUGACCGUGACUCUCGUCGACAGAUUGCGUCAACAAUUACUGAGCAGAAAAUAGAAUAGCCAUUGACUCCAUGGCAAAAAAAAUGUAUGAUGAUUUGAAAAUGUUAUUUUCUGUAUACAUUUAAUGAAGCAAAACAUAAUGGAUACAUGUCAUGUCAUCAAUAAAGUUCAGCAUCAUUAA